AUGUCGACACUGUCAUGUGUUUUCUUUAACGGAACUAUCAGAAGCAGUAAAUGACGUUCUGACAAACUGAAGAAGAAAGUUUGAUUCUAGUGUUUAUAUUCUUAUAAUAUUGUUAUCAACAUUUUGCAGUUAUAGUUUCUCUUGUGAAUUUUUUGUUGCAUUUCGUCAGCCCAAUAUCUCGCGUCAUGAAUCAGUAAAUGUUUCGUAUUUCGAUGCAUCAAACCGAUAACAUAAAAUCAGAAGCAUCGUUUUCGUUUUUUUCACAGCUGAUUCUACGCUUGAUAAUGAUUGUUCGAUUCAGUGAAUCGAUAUUUGUACAAAUGAAUUACAGGUUUACUUGUGUCGUUAAUUAAGAUUUAUUUCACUUACAUUUUCUAGUUCUAUUACAAAAAUCAAACUGAAAUGGAGUCGGUGAAUCAGAAUCAAAUGCAAAAUACUUCCAAUAAUACUGAUGGCACUGAAAACAAGGGAAGGUGAGAUUAUAUUAUGUGAUAUGUCUUUUAGUUAUAUUAUCCAAUUUUUAUAAUUUUACAGCAUAUUGUAAGUAUCAUUUGAAUUUAUGUACCUAAUUAAUUAAAGUGAUCUAUUUAAUAAAUAUUAGUGAAUUUUUAUUUUUUGUAAUCUUCAUCUGAAACAACAAAAUAUUAUUUUUUUAUAGCUGUUUGUUACUUCGAUAUGCUAGUCAAAAUUCAUUGGAUGAAAGCUCACAAAAACACAUACCCCGUGAAGGUGGAAAAGAUAAACCACCAUAUAGAAAUCAUCAUCAUACAAACCGAGCGUUUGAUGUUAUUAAUGAAAUGCGCAAGAAAAAUUUAUUAUGCGAUGUAAUUUUGGUAGCAGACGGCGGCUUAGAAGUACCUGCUCAUAAAAUGGUUCUAGCUGCUUGCAGUCCUUAUUUUUAUGCCAUGUUUACAAGUUUUGAAGAACGAGAUCAAGAAAGAAUAACAUUGCAAGGUGUAGAUUAUUCUGCGCUUGAAUUAUUGGUGGAUUAUGUAUAUUCUGCAGAAGUUCAUGUAACUGAAGAUAAUGUACAAGUGUUAUUACCAGCUGCAAAUCUUUUGCAAUUAACCGAUGUCCGUGAUGCAUGUUGUGAUUUCUUACAAGCUCAGUUGCAUCCAUCAAAUUGUUUAGGAAUACGUGCAUUUGCUGAUCUUCAUGGCUGUUUAGAAUUAUUAUCACAUGCAGAUAGUUACAUUGAACAACAUUUUUCGGAAGUGGUAGAUGGUGAUGAAUUUUUAACAUUAGCACCACAACAAGUAGCUAAAUUAAUUUGCAGUGAUUGUUUAAUGGUUCCUUCAGAAGAAAAAGUAUUUGAAUGUGUAAUAUCAUGGGUACAUCAUGAUUUAGAAAAAAGACAAGCUGAUUUAGCACAAUUAAUGGAACAUGUACGUUUACCUUUGUUAUCCCAAGAAUAUUUAGUACAACGUAAAGAUUUUUUGAUCGAAGCUUUGAAAUAUCAUCUACUUAAAGGAGAGCAAAAGUCAUUGUUCAAAACACCUCGUACAAAACCUAGACAACCUAGAGGUUUACCAAAAGUAUUAUUAGUUGUGGGAGGACAAGCUCCGAAAGCAAUUAGAAGUGUAGAAUGUUACGAUUUUAAAGAAGAAAAGUGGUAUCAAGUUUCUGAAUUACCUACACGUCGUUGUCGAGCUGGUUUAUCCGUCCUUGGUGGCCGUGUGUAUGCUGUUGGAGGAUUUAAUGGAUCUCUUAGAGUACGAACAGUAGAUAUUUAUGAUGCAGCUACAGAUCAGUGGUCACCUUGUCCAGAAAUGGAAGCAAGAAGAUCAACACUUGGUGUUGCAGUUCUUGGAAAUUGCAUAUAUGCUGUUGGUGGAUUUGAUGGAUCAACUGGCCUUAAUUCUGCUGAAGUGUACGAUCCAAGAACACACGAAUGGAGAUUAAUUGCACCAAUGUCAACACGUAGAAGUAGUGUUGGUGUGGGUGUUGUUAAAGGACUAUUGUAUGCUGUUGGUGGUUAUGAUGGAGUAUCCAGACAAUGUCUAUCUAGUGUCGAAUGUUAUAAUCCAGAAAAAGAUCAGUGGAAGCCUGUGCCUGAUAUGUCUGCACGUCGUAGCGGUGCUGGUGUUGGUGUUUUAGAUGGAAUUUUAUAUGCUGUAGGAGGACAUGAUGGGCCACUGGUCAGAAAAAGUGUAGAAGCUUUUAAUCCUGAUACUAAUCAAUGGACCCCAGUUAGUGAUAUGGCUCUUUGUCGUAGAAAUGCUGGUGUAGUUGCGCUAAAUGGUCUUUUAUAUGUGGUGGGUGGUGAUGAUGGAUCAUCUAGUCUGGCAUCUGUAGAGGUAUAUUCUCCAAGAACGGAUACUUGGACAACUCUCCCAACUUGUAUGGGAAUUGGUCGUAGUUACGCAGGAGUAGCAAUAAUCGAUAAACCAAUGCCGUCUACAACAUCAAUUACAGACCCGGGUGCCGAAACGUCGGAUCAAUCACGGGAAGCCGGGCCCAGCGGUAUGCAAGUCCAGAAUUCAGACCAGAAUGUACUUCAGCAAUAUCGUGGUACUGGGCAUAACUGUCAAGGUCUACGUUGUGUAUGUCAACGAUAUGAAAAUGGUGAAGUGGCGGCUGCAAUCAUGAAUCAGAAUAGGAAUAAUCAAGAAAGAGAUGAUAGCUAUCAAAACGUAGGUCGUGGUUCACGGGGCUUCCAAAACCGAUCUGGUGGCUCGGUUCAAUUACAUUCAAAUCUCAAUCCAAAUUAUCAGAAUCCAGUGGAUUUAGUUCAUAAUUAUAAUCGUAAUCGACAACUACAGGAACCAGAAGAAAAUAUAUACGAAAGGUUAGACAAUGAUGAUGACGAUGAAAAUACUGAAAAUAAUAAUGAAGUUAUUCAUAAUGAGCCUACGGCCCAAAAUAAUCAAAACAAUGCAGAUGAUCACACAUAUGAAAGAAUAGAUGAUCGAUAUUCUUGUGGUAGUAGAACGUAUCCUCGUUGUUAUAAAUAUCAUAUUUUAAAUCAUUAUAUCCCAAGUUUUUUUAAUGAUAUGGAAUCUAGAAAUCAAUAUGAUCAGCCAAGACAAUUUUAUCUGGAUUCGUCACGAUUAUCUAAUCAGUUUUGUCAAAAUAGGUUAGGUAGACUAGGUCGUAAUUGUUUUUCGACUGAAAAUAUUGCUUACGCGUCAACUGGACGUGCCAUUUAUUCACUUGGUUAUAACUGUAUGUGUUCAUUUUGUAGACAUAUAGAUACAAGAUAUUUAUGUCAUCAUUGCCAUAAUUUGCAUAAUAGAUUACGUUAUCAAGAUGGAUUUGCAAAUAAUUCUAGACAUUACAUAUAUCAAUUACCAAGGAAUUGUAGAUGCCCUUUUUGUCGUGGUGAAUACUCUUAUGUAAAACUGCCUGUUACAUCUUGUCGACCUACCGAAUCUUUAAGAAUGGAAUGUCAUUGUAGAAAUCCUAGUAAUUGUUCUUGCAGAGGAAAAGUUCUAACUAAUUCUAACUCUACUGCACAAUUUAGCAAAUAUCUUGAUUGGAUUAGUAGAGGUAGUCCAUCAGUUAAUAACCCAUUGUAUGCUACAGUUCAUAUAGGUAGACCUUGUGUUUCGGCUCUUGGAAAUACAACUGGAAAUACAACUGGAAAUUUAUCUAAUGGUGUAGAUCCUGGCGCUUCGACGUCAAAUAUGUCAACAUCUAAUGCAAUAUCAAAUAAUGAACCUAGUACAUCAUCAAACAUUAGAUCUAUGUUUUCUUCGCAUAAUCCUUCUACUUCACAUCCUUCUGUUUGUUCUGCUAAUCGUUCAACAGAACGUCAACAUACAUGUGAUGAUUCCUGCAUUAGAAAUCAAAGUGGCAGCGUCACUGGCAUUUGUCAGUUUCUUGGUAGAUGUGAAAGAGCAGAAUGUAAUCAUGGUAGAUUAUCCGUGCAUUGGUGGUUCGUGAAUAGAUGGUUGCCAGCUUGGAAUCCUCAUUAUUUUGAUAGAAAUAUGGAUACUGUUCCUCCAAUGGAAGAAGAGUCUCGAGAGCAGCAAGAAAGUGAUAGUGACGAUACU